AUGGAAGGCAAUACCCCCGAAUUACCACCCGCACAUCGCCUUCCCCCCGAGCUUCUGGCUCGUUUGUUCUUCAUAUAUGCGUCGAAUAAUGAUGCCCUCUACGACCUACGUUGGACCAAAUUACUGUUUGUGUGCAAGCGCUGGCAUGACGUCGGCUUGCAGACUCAAAACCUCUGGAGUUUCAUUGCUUGGAAACCCGUCCCGUCGCCCAUCCGUGCCUUUCUGACAGGCUUAGGUCCUCAGGAAGAAGAUGUUCAACGCAUGAGGCGUAUCGAUGUUCAACGGCAGCGGGCCGAGCACUCCUUGCUCUCAGUGAAGAUCUCUCUUGCGCCACAUCUCUCCCCAGCCAUAUUGGCCUACAUACCCACACUCUGGGAACCGUCUACCCUGCGGUAUUUGGAAGUUAGAGCUGCUCCUGAAUACAUGUCGAAUGUUCUUGAUAUUUUGGCCGGUUGCGAGCAUCCCGCUCUUACGGACUUCCAUAUAUCCCCCUGGAAGCAUCGUCGCGUGCCAGGCUUGCAACCUCCCCCAUCUCUCGACGACGUUCUUACGAGCAAUUUGCCGAAUCUGCGGUCGCUCUCAGUUCUGAGCGUGUCCUUCAACUGGACUCUCGUCAGAAAUUUGCGUACACUAUCCAUCACUUAUCUAACUAGCGACACUGUGACAUUCAACGUCGUAGAUGUCGUCGACGCUCUCAUUCGCUGCCCACAUCUCCAAGAACUCUCUAUGAGACUUCCAACAUCACUUGGACCCAACGUUGCCGUUCUUCCGGCCGCCUCAUUGACUUGCAUCUCUGAGUUGUACAUCGCCGGAGAUGUUGACACGUGCGAUAUCCUCAUACACGCAAUCACAGAUAUCCCACCCUCUGCGAAGAUAACCGUCCUCGGCACUUCCAUUUCUCAGUCCCUCCAAACCUCGCCCAUCUCCUCGAUCGCCUCUUACAUGGGCGCUCACGCGUCACAGGAGGGCGCUCAGGCACUUCGCUCACUCGCGAUCGGAUUUGAAGACCCGUGGAUAAUAGCAGAUGGUCCAGGAUCUGCGCGUCGGCUAGUGUGA